AUGGAAGAUCUCGAGCAAACUGAACGAGAUCUGUUGGAGCGGUCCCACCAAAUCAUCACCUUAAGCGAAUAUUUUGCAUGGGCACAGCGAUGCGAGGAGUUUAUUAAACAGCUUGAAGAACGCAGUCGUGUCAAGCGUUCACGACUCUCAAUCGGACAUAGACAAUCUUUGGUUGCUAGAAUCACACGACUCGAGGGUGCAAAGACUCGCUUGGAGAGACAUUUCAUGCACAUCGGUGGUGAAUACGUGGGCACUAGUGACUAUAAUAACGCGAAAAAACUUGUUUGGCGAGAGAUCGAUACAGCAUUUGAAAAUCGUAUAUUGACUGGUGCUGUAAUUAACGCUGAUUAUAUUGAACCGCGACAAUUUUUGGAAGACGCUGGUAGUGUAGUGCUCGAGCAAGUGCAAGACGUUAUAAAAAGACACAACAGUGCAAAAGUGAAUACCACGUUCAAUGGUGAGUUUGUGACGGGGGAUAAACGUGCUAAUAAGAGUAUCAACACGAAAAACUAUGAACUCUUUCAAACAUCAAACUUAUACGAGUGGUACAAGCAGCAUGUCAUCGAAUUCAUAUUGGCAUCCCUCGAAGAUUUCCAGGAACGUGAUAGCGGGUGGGCGUUAUCACGAAUCCUUAAUCUUACGGUCAACAUCAACAAGCACAAUCCAUUGCAUGCAGGGUGUUAUAUCCAGUUGCCUCGGGAGAUAAUGAUGAAGAAAGCGGUGAUCAAUGUAAAAUCUAUGGAUGAUGCAUGUUUUGCAUGGUCAGUGGUCGCUGCUUUGCAUCCUGCCAAAGAACAUACAUAUCGGGAAUCUUCAUAUCCACAUUAUGCGACAGUGCUAAAUUUGCAAAACAUUAAGUUUCCAAUGACGUUGAAUCAAAUAAAAAAAUUUGAACAAUUAAAUAAUCUCUCAAUCAAUGUAUAUUGCACAGAAAAAACAAAGGAACAACUUGCAAUUUUACCACUACGGCUUGCUGAUAAGAAGAAAGAGAAGCAUGUCAAUCUGUUGUAUCUGCAGGACCCGCGAGAUGACAAUGUGGGGCAUUUCACAUGGAUUAAGAAUCUAUCCCGCCUCGUGAGCUCACAACUCAGUAAACAUGAACAUAAAAAAUACUUGUGCGAUCGAUGUUUGCACUAUUUCAGCACGAACGAGAAAUUGGAAGCCCACGUCGUUGAUUGUCGAGAAUUAAAUGACUGUGCUAUCCAACUACCGAGCGAAGAUAACAAAUGGCUGAGUUUCAAAAACUACAACAGAAAGGAACGAGUUCCCUUUGUGGUGUAUGCCGACUUGGAAUGCGUUCUAAAGAAGCUAAAUACAGACCCGAGAAUGCCGACAUAUGCGUCUCAGCAUCAUGAAGUAUUCAGCGUUGGAUAUUACAUGCACUGCACUUACGAUGAGUCUUUAUCAAGGUAUCGAUUUCAUCGCGGUAAAAAUUGUGUUGCAUGGUUCGCAGAGCAAUUAAGAAAUAUAGCGCAUAACGUUAAGGAUAUUCUGUCGGCUAAUGUCCCCAUGGAUUUCACGCGAGACGAAUGGGAAAAUUUUAAUAGCGCUACGCACUGUCAUGUGUGUGAAAAACCGUUUGCGCCAAACGACACACGGGCACGCGAUCAUUGUCAUUUGACCGGUCGUUAUAGAGGUCCCGCACAUUCAGAUUGCAAUUUAAAUUACAAAGAUUCACAUUGCAUUCCCAUAGUUUUUCACAACUUAUCUGGGUAUGAUGCACAUUUCAUCAUCAAAGAGAUAGCUACCGCGUACGAAGGGAAAAUCGAUUUACUUCCCAUCACAAAAGAAAAAUACAUUUCAUUUACUAAACAUGUUAAAAACACUGAAGAUAAUAAGCGGAAAAUUUGUAUAAAAUUACGGUUUAUCGAUUCUUUCAAAUUUCUUAAUACGAGUCUUGACAAAUUAACAUCCUUUCUCAGUAAUGAUAAACUAUCAAUAUUGCAACGUGAAUUCAGUAAUUUAUCUGCAGAAAAUUUUGAUUUAUUGACGCGAAAAGGCGUGUUUCCCUACGAAUAUGUAGAUUGCGUGGACAAGUUGCAGGAUACAUGGUUACCACCGCGCGAAUUGUUUUACAGUUCUUUGACCGGCGACACUGUAUCCGAAAGCGAUUACGCACACGCUGUCAACGUGUGGCAGCAGUUCUCCAUUCAAACCUUGGGCGAGUACAGCGAUCUGUAUCUGAAAACCGACGUAUUGUUGUUAGCUGAUAUAUUUGAAAACUUUCGUGACAGUUGCGUUGCGAGUUACGGACUCGACCCCGCAUAUUAUUAUACUCUACCGGGUUUUACAUGGGACGCGAUGCUGAAACAUACUUGCAUCAAUUUCGAACUACUCACAGAUAUUGAAAUGGUUAUGUUUAUCGAGCGUGGCAUACGUGGUGGCCUGAGCCAAUGUUCGUGCAGAUAUGCGAGGGCCAAUAACAAGCACAUGCAGUCGUACGAUCCAUCGAAACCAUCGUCGUACCUCAUGUACUUUGACGUAAACAAUCUAUACGGAUGGGCAAUGUGUCAACCAUUGCCUUACGCCGAAUUUCAAUGGGUCGAAAACAUCUCAAACUUUGACGUUACCACAAUCGCUUCAGAUUCGCCCACAGGUUAUAUUUUAGAGGUCGAUCUAGAGUACCCACAAAAUAAACACAACGCGCACAUCGAUCUACCAUUCUGUCCAACGCAUGAAAAACCGCCUGGCAAGUUGCAGCCCAAGCUCCUCGCGACUCUGUAUGAUAAGAAGCGUACGUAA